AUGUAUGUUAGUUCUCAGUCGGCAUGGGUGCUUAUAACGUACAUUAAAGGAAACACUAAAUUUCCUGAAUUUAGUGUCACAGUGAUGUUGGAUGACAUUACAGUUGGAUACUACGAUUCAGAGACAAGCACAUACAUUACAAGAGGAAAUACUACAAAUGAAGAUGAUAUGUAUAACCUGGGGGAUAAUACCGCCAUAAGAGAACAUUUGUAUGACCAUCUUGUGGAUAAAUUAAGACGCGAAAAUCAUACAGAUAGUCUUGUAGUUUAUCAGAUAUUGGGUCUUUGUGAACUGUUGGACAAGGACAAGUCAGGACAAUUUAUCAUUAAGAAUGCAUUUAGUGGUUCUACUACAGACGAACUACAAUAUUUUGAUGGCAAGUUUACAUAUAAUGGUCCUUUAAAAUAUACAGACCAGGAAUCAGACCCGGUUCUGCAGCUGUUGAUGUGGUAUCAUGAGGUUUUUUCCUACCCAAACUGCCUAAAUACUCUCAGGUCUUACCUUAAAAAGAGAGGAGCUCAGGUAAAGAGGAAAGUAAAACCGCGAGUGAGACUCAUCAAGAAAGCUUUCUCAGAUUCUGGAGGGUUUCGUGUGAGUUGUUUGGCAACAGGAUUUUACCCUCGUCACAUCAACCUGACCCUGUUCAGAGACAAGCAGCCUGUAGCUGAUCAUGAGAUCACUGGAGGAGAUCUGCUGCCCAAUGCUGACGGGACGUACCAGAUGAGGAAGAGUCUGGAGAUCAGAGCUGCAGAUAAACACAGAUACACCUGCUCUGCCACACACCUCAGUCUGGACAACAAACUGGACAUUGAUUUGGAGUGUCAAGGGGAAACAUUUAAGCAGGUGAUUUCCUCAGUGCUUGUGGUUUUGGCAUUGGGACUGGUGUUGAUGACUGUGAUUGGCGUUUUUAAAUGGAGGAGAAGGCGUCACUCAGCUUCCUCCACAAGUGACUACUCUUCUGCUUCUACAACUGAAGACAAUGUGGAUAAAACAUAAUUAAAUUAAUGGGCAAGUAAAUAUGUAGCCUAUAGAUGCAUAUAAUAUUAGAAAGUACUGAUAACAAUAUGCAUAAAUAGAAUAUAAUAGC